GAGUGGACAUAUGACUGGGAUAAGAAAGAUAAAACACUCUACCCCACAACACAGGAGUUCAGCUUCAGCUCAGUUAUGAAUUAUAACAGUGGUGAAUUCACCUGCAGAGGGUGGAGAAGCAGUGACUCUCAGAGAUCAGAGAUCAGUGAUGCUGUUACACUCACUGUAUCAGAUGCAGCAGAGGCAGUAGUGAGUGUGUCUCCACUGCGCUGGCUGACUGAAGGAGACUCAGUGACUCUAAGCUGUGAGGUUAAACACUCCUCUACAGGCUGGACAUUCAGCUGGUACACAGAGGUUCCCUCCAGAGACAGUCAGGGUUCCCUCAGGUACAGUACAGCGCUCCUCUCAGACAGCAGCAGAGGAUCUGGAGGCUCCUACACUCUCAGUCCUGUUACUGUGAAUCACACAGGAGUUUAUAUGUGCAGCGCAGAGAGAGGAGAACCAGUCUUUCACACACGGGACAGCAACCUACAGCCACUGUGCAUUACUGCAAGUGAAUCUCCUCCAGUGUCUCUGAUCAUCAAUCCCAGCAGAACUCAACACUUUACUGCUGACUCUCUCUCACUGAGCUGUGAGGACCAGAGUGACUCUACUGGAUGGACAGUGAGAGGAUACACACACAGUGAGACAGUGUCUGAUUGUUCAUCAGUUUCAGGAUCUACAUGUAACAUCAGCUCCCUCUCUACAUCACACACUGGAGUUUACUGGUGUCAGUCUGAAUCUGGAGGACGCAGUAAUCCUGUCAACAUCACAGUGCACAAUGGUCAUGUGAUCCUGGACAGUCCUGUCCAUCCUGUGACUGAGGGACAUCCUCUGACUUUACAUUGUUUAUCUCGCAACUCAAAGACUUCAGCUUCUGGUGUUGAUUUCUAUAAAGAUGGUUCCGUCCUGCAGAACAAGACUACAGGAGAGAUGACCAUCAGUACUGUCUCAAAGUCAGAUGAAGGUUUCUACCACUGUAAACACCCAGAGAGAGGAGAGUCACCGAAAAGCUGGGUUUCAGUCAGAGUUCUAUCAGAUGGAAAAGCUCCACUGUCGGUACUGAAGCUCCUCAGCAGUGCAGUAGCGGCCUCUCCGUAUGUGCUGGUGACCAUCAUUCUGGCAGUGAAGUGUUACAGAGCUCGAAGUAAGACCUCACAGUGUUCUUCAUUAGCCAUAAAAUUAAACCCUGACAUUUAAUAAGAGGCUGAUUUGAAGUGUUCAUGAUUGUGUAUUUUACAGCUGACCCUGACGAGGACAACAGACCGUAUAGAGUGAUAGAAGCUGAAGCAUCUGUCUGAGUCUCAGGGAACAGACGUGAGAAAUGUGACGUUACAAAAGAAAGAACGACUCGGAUCGGGAGGUGAGGUGAACUAACAGACUGUAUAGCCUGAAGACCUAAUGCUAAGCUAUUAAUUAAUCAUUUCUGUUGCUCAUAAUUUGGCCAUGGCUGCAAUAGCCUAUAUUUUAUUUUUUAUUCCAAAUGUGAUCGUUUGUGCAAGUACUAGAUGUGUUGGUGAAUUUAACAUGUAACAUUUUAAUUAUAUUCUGCUGAAAUGAAAGAAAUGACUUGAAAAAAGAUUUGUUCAUUUUGCUGAAGGAGAUUCAAAGAUCCGAGUCAGUAAAAUGGUCCGAACUUCCCAUCACUACUGCUCACUGCAGAGCCAAAUAGAUGGAGCUGGACAUCUAGCUCCACCUCUCUUGAUCUAGUCUAGAUCUCUAUGGAUGUAGUGAAGCACCGCUCAUUUCUCCACCUACUGGCUGUUAACGUUAUCAAGCCCUUCAUUAGAUCAAACUUACCUAAUGGGGAAAAAAUGUUGAUUGUUAAUGCACGAAGGUUAGGUCAAAGUAACCAUGAGACUUGCAUGGAACUGGAGAUGCUGUCAUAGCUAAUAUUGCCUUACCUUUCUUUAACAUUUUUCAUGAUUUCAUGAUUUUUCUGCACUGUUUCUAUGACAAACUGCAUGACUAGACUACCUUCUUUUUUCCCCACUGUAUUAAGGCUAUGUAAGCUAUUUGUGAAUUUCCUAAGUCAUAUGUGAUUCAUUAAUGUAAUAAAGUGUGCUCCUAAUAUGCUCUUUGCUUUUAAACAUGGGAACUGAGUUACCCUUGCAGGUGUGAUAAAUAAAUAAAUAAAUAAAAUGAUCACCUAUCUGCUUGUCAUCUCUUUUGUUGCUUUUAAAUGUACACUUAGGGUCUCCCCCUCAUGAAAGAAAAAUGAAUGCAUGUACAACAAGAGUAUCAUUGUGAAUAUAAUUUAGAUGGAAAUAUGUGAAUAUAAUGUUGGAUGGACUCAGUCCACAUGUGAUUGUCUUCAUCAAAUGGUAAUAAGUGUCACGAAUCGUGACGGAGCAGAGAUAGGACGGAUGCAAGUGCAGGAUGAACAGUUGUUUAUUUGAAAGAGAGACAGGCAGACAAAUCCAAAACGUGAUCCAAAACGUAAUCCACAAACAUGCAAGAGGUCAGGCGAUUGGCAAACAGGCAUACACGUGGCAAGGCUGGAAUCUAGGUCGUGGUCACGGAAAACAGGGUCGAUAAACAAAACGAGAAACGAACUAUGACGAGGGACUGGAAGCGGAUAAUCCAGCGCGAACUAACUCUAAACAUGGACUGUGACUACGAUACGAACUAAACUAACUCUAUGACAUUAAUCUUCCGCGUUGUGUGCUGGGAGGCGCGCGGUAUACAUGCGGACAUGAUCAGCGUCUAAACCGCUAGCAGCUGAGAGCAAUACAGACCCACGUGAAAUCCCAGCCAAUGACAGAACAGGGAGGAGACAUGACAGAAACAUAAACAAAACACACGUGUCCAGAUGUCACUACGGUCAACAACGGAAAAGCGCGCUUAGAGCACGCUGCUUCAAGGGGGAAUCAUGACAAUAAGCAACUUGUCUUGUAGUCUGAACCCAGCCAUGUGUCACACUAAAGAACAAAACAAGAGGACAUGUGCUCUGAGACUGGCAGAAAGGCAACCAACUCCAUGAACAUUUGGUAGUAGACUGGGAGUGUUACUUAAUUUACAAUUUAUUAGUCACAUACUCCACUGCCCUCAAGUGUUGCUGAAUUUAUUUUAUUUCUAUUCAGCUUUAUUAGCUAAAUGUACAUCUAACAUAAAAAUCAAUCUUCCCUCUAGGAAAAAAAAUAUAAUAUGAUAAAAGAUACAAAAUAAAAUUUUAGUAUAUUAGAUUUCAAGAACACAUUUUUCCCCACAAAACUUUAAUGGGUUAAAAAAAAAAAAACAUUUUACAAAACCUAAAACUACACGUAAAAACAAUAUUUUCACAGAUCUACCCCACUAAUUAACUUGUUAGCGGUGAGGGUUGUGCAGGCAAGA